CGGAUUCUCAAUACUAAGCUUUCACAGCUCUAUCUUGUGUUCACAACUCUUUGCUUUCAUUUGUCUUCUUCUUCGAUCCCUCAGUCUCUUCUUCUUCGAUCUCUCUGGUUUCUUCAAGAUUCAAGAUCUGACAUUUCUGCAACAAUGGUGGCCACAACUACAGUCUCUCUUCUCACCAAUCUCUCCAAUAUAAUCUCUGUGAAGCUCGAUGACAACAACUAUCCUACAUGGCAUUUUCAAAUGCACUCUCUGCUACGAGGCCAUGGUCUGCUCAAGUUUGUGGAUGGAUAUCACUCUUGUCCAUCUCAGUUUUCCAUCUCUAAUGAUGGUCAUCUCACGCCAAAUCCGACAGAGGAUCUUGAAGAAUGGCUUGAGUAAGAUUGCAAUCUCAUCUCCUUAAUUACUGCUACUCUAUCUCUUGAAGCACUCUCUGAUGUUGUUGGUUACAACUCGGCCUUGGAGGUAUGGACCACUCUCAAAGAUAGAUAUGCAACAGUGUCUAGAUCUAAUGUGCUCCAAUUGAAAUCUACUUUGCAAUCUAUUGAGAAAGGUUUAGAUAGUAUUGACAAGUAUCUACUUAAGGUCAAGAAUGCAAGGGAUCAACUUUCUGCUAUAGGUGUUAAGAUUCUUGAUGAAGAUAUUAUGAUACUCAUACUUAAGCGUUUACCAUCUGAGUUUAGUACAGUUAGAAUGAUGAUUAAAGCCAAGCAUGCCCCAAUCUCUAUGUUUGAGCUUCGAUCCUUGCUUCUUGCUUCUGAAUCUGGACUAGAAAAUGAGUCAAAGUCACUUGUUAUGCCAUCUAUGACUGCCAUGGUAGCCAAGAAUGCUUCUUGUUCAUUUGAGUCUCAGGACACUAAGGGAGUUUUGCCUACACCAAACUAUCAUAGCUAUAAUGGCCUUACUACUUUUCAUAAUGGUCACAAUGGCUCAAGAAACAAUGGUGGCAACUAUGGAGGAUUCAGGAACAACAAUGGGGGAAAUAAUGGAGGAUGCAGGAACAACAAUGGUGGCAAUUAUGGAGGAUUCAAGAACAACAAUGGGGGAAACAACUCUAGUGGGUGGAAUAAUGCUUACAAAGGAAAUAAUGGCACCAGAAACUUUGGUAACAAACUAACAAAUGGCUUUCAAAGGCUUAGCUAUGGUGGAUUUAGACCAACAAUCAUGUGUCAAAUAUGUGACAAGCCAGGGCAUUCUGCUCAAAUUUGUUGGCAUCUUAGCAAAGUUCAAGGCAAUGUAGAAUCUCUUUCAUUCAUUGAGUGACAACUCUGUGGAAAUCUUGGUCACUCAGCUGCUGAAUGCAAUCAAAGGCAAUAGUUUGCCAGUCUUCAAAGGCAGCACACAACCAUGACAGCCUCACUUCAACACACUCCUGCCACUCCAACUCAUGAAGUUUGGAUUACUGAUUCAGGAGCUUCCUCACACUUGACAUCUGAUGUUCAAACACUUAAUAAUGUCACAACCUAUGCAGAUGGUGAUCAUGUUCAGAUAGGAAAUGGUGCAGGUUUGAAAAUCAAGCACAUUGGAAAUGGCUCUAUUUUCCUUAACAAGCAUGUUGUUCUUGCAUUGAAGAAAAUCUUACAUGCAUGUUCCAAAACUUGCAGCACAACUCUUAUCUGUUUAUCAAUUAUGUAAAGAUAACAACUGCAAAAUGAUAUUUGAUGAGUUUUGCUUUUUUAUACAGGACAAGGUGAUAGGCAAGGUGCUGUUCAGGGGCCUUAGUGAGAAUGGUCUUUACCCAAUUCUAGUUUCCAUCUCCAGAAACUUGUUUAAUAAUCCAUCUUCAGCCUCAAGCACAGCCUUUCCUGGUUCAAAAGUUUCUCAGUCAUUAUGGCAUAGAAGACUAGGUCAUCCAUCCAAUGACAUUACUUCCUCAAUGUUAGCUAAGUCCAAUGUUAGUUCAUCUCCUAAUUUCUCUAGCAGUAUAUGUCACUCAUGUUUUGCUGGUAAAUUUACAAAAUUGCCUGUUCCAAAGUCUAGCACUAGAUCAUCAGUUCCAUUUCAUAUAGUCCACUCUGAUGUAUGGGGGGCAUCUCCUCAUGUUUCCAUAGAAGGUUAGAAAUACUAUCUCACCCUCAUACAUGAUUGUAUUAGAUUCUGUUUGAUCUUUCCAUUACAAAAUAAAUCAGAAGUUUGAUCUUUGAUUAUUCUCUUUCACUCAUCUGUUUCUACUCAAUAUUCUGCUUCUCUUAAAAUUUUGCAAACUGAUGGUGGUGGUUAAUAUAUGAGUUACAGACUUCAAACAUUCCUAAUUUCAAAUGGCAUUAUUCAUCAAAAAUCAUGUCCAUACACACCUCAACAAAAUGGCCUAGCUGAAAGGAAAAAUCGACAAAUUGUUGAAACUGCUUUUACACUCCUUCAUCAAGCAUUUCUACCUCCCAAAUUUUGGUUCCAUGCUUGUUCCAUAGCAGUGUUUCUCAUUAACAAAAUGCCUUCUCCAACACUCUCUAUGUCUUCACCAUUUGAGUUACUGCAUUCUAAACCUCCUUCACUUGAAUCACUAAAAGUUUUUGGAUGUGUCUGUUUUCCACUCAUUGAACCCUAUAACUCCAAUAUGCUUCAAGUAAAAACUGUCCAAUGCAUCUUUUUAGGCUAUUCACCAGGAUACAAGGGUUUCAUUUGCUUUAAUCCUUCAAACUCC